CUACCACCAUGCGCGAAGCUAGCCAAAUUCGAAUCAUGUCAGCUGGAUCCCUGCAUGCUGGAUCCAUGCAAACCGGAACCAACAGUGGUAAUCAUCGGUGCUGGGAUGGCUGGACUUUCUGCGGCUCAUCGGUUGACGCAAUGUGGCCUCCAGAAUUUCACGAUAUUAGAGGCGACGGAUAGACCAGGAGGUCGAAUUCAUUCGUGCUGGUUGGGUGACGUGGUGGCCGAGAUGGGCGCCUCUUGGAUCGAAGGAGGAUGCGUGGCAAAUCCUGUGUUCACCCUGGCUGCUCAAGAGGGUCUGUUAAAGCCACCCAUAUUCAGGCCCGAUCCAAGUCGCGGUCUUUUCUGCACGAGCGACGGCAGAGCUAUCGAUCUUCCUGUCAGCAUCACGGCUUAUCACACGUUUCGACAGAUCGAACAACAAGCGGCCACCCUUUUCUCUCUAGGUUGUGGCCGCACUCAUGGCACUUUGCUGAAUUUCAUGGGCGUUAGGAUUCAACAGGAGCUCCACAAUUUCCCGGAGGAGCAACGAUACGACGCAGCCAGGGUAAUGUACGGAAUGACGAACUGCGUGAGAUGUCGAUGUGGCGAUGAUCUAUCGCUGGUCUCUGCCGAUCAAUUUGGUAGUUACAUAGAGAUUCCUGGUGGUAAUGUAAGAGUUCCCCUUGGAUACGUCGGAGUGAUUGCUCCUCUGCUGAGAGACUUACCGAGUUCUUCACUUAAAUAUUGCAAGCCAGUUAGUUGUAUCAGAUGGGGCGCCAUAAGCGAGUCCUGUCCUCGAGCUGUGGUGAAGUGUUGCGACGGCGAAGAAUUUCCAGCUGAUUACGUGAUCGUCACCGUGUCGCUCGGUGUUUUGAAGCACCAACACGACAAGCUCUUCUGUCCAGCAUUGUCCGCGGAGAAAGUCGAAGCCAUUUGCAAACUGGGAUUCGGAUAUGUUAAUAAAGUGUUCUUGGAAUACGCGAGGCCGUUCUGGGUUUGGAAGGAAGGUGGGAUCAAGCUGGCUUGGUCAGCUGAUGAACUUGCUGAUAGAUGCGAUUGGGUGAAAGGAAUUUCGAAUGUAGAAGAAUUGUCAACUUCUCAGCACGUUUUAUGCGCGUGUGUUUGCGGCCGAGAGGCGGCAGAUAUGGAAUUGUGCUCGGACGAAGAGGUUGUGGAAUCGAUAACCAGAGUUCUUCGACAAUUUACCGGUGAUCCUACUCUUCCUUAUCCGGCAAAUCUUCUUAGAAGCAAAUGGUGCAUGGAUCAAUACUUUGCCGGUGCAUAUAGUUACAUGGGAAUGGACAGUACUGUUGGUCAUCAAUGUGAUUUGGCCAGUCCUUUGCCUGGUACCUGCGAGCCAAUACCGCCGAUUCUUUUAUUCGCCGGGGAAGCUACAAUUCCGGGACAUUACAGUACAGUGCACGGUGCUAGAUUGAGCGGUAUUCGCGAAGCUGAGAGGAUAAUUCAACUAACAAAACGGUUUGGUGGUCCACCAAAGACCACCUCUAACAAGAGUUGA